UGUGCUUUAUGUUUUUGUUUGUUUGUUUGUUUGUUUUGGGUUUAACGCCAUUUUUCAACAGUAUUUCAGUCAUACAACGGCGGGCAGUUAACCUAUCAGUGUUCCUGGAUUCUGUACCAGUACAAACCUGUUCUCCGCAAGUAACUGCCAACUUCCCCACAUGAAUCAGAGGUGGAGGACUAAUGAUUUCAGACACAAUGUCGUUUAUCAAAUAGUCACAGAGAACAUACGCCCCGCCCGAGGAUCGAACUCGCGACCCCGCGAUCCGUAGACCGACGCUCUACCUACUGAGCUAAGCGGACGGGUGCUUUAUGUUUUAGAUAGAAGAACUCGAUCGUAGCCAUGUACAUAUGCGUGAUAGAGACCAUGUGAUGAAUACAUUAAUAAAGAUGGGCAAUGAUGGGCGCAAUAAAUUACAAGUAGUAGCAGACUUCGAUAGGACACUGUCAAAGUACGUGCACCACGAAAACAUUUGUGCCACAUGCCACCAAGUCUUAGAAGAGGGUGAAAUGCCUGAGGUGUACAAACAGAAGACAUUCGAGAUAAGAGAAAAGUAUUUGCCAAUUGAGACAAACCCAAAUAUGACCAUAGAAGAAAAAAUACCUUACAUGACAGAAUGGUGGACUCAGAUGCAUGAGCUGCUAAUUAAGUACCCUGUAUCUAAAAAUAAACUACAUGACAUGGUUGCGGCAUCUACAGCAAAAUUAAGGGACGGAUGUAAGAAAUUAUUCGACACACUACACAGGUGUGAUGUGCCGUUACUGAUCUUCUCAGCAGGGAUUGGUGAUAUAAUUCGUGAACUGAUCACGCAACAGGCAUCUUGCUACAACAAUAUGCAUUUUGUUUCAAAUGAUCUAGACUUUGAUGAAAACGACGACAUGAAAGGUUUCAAGGGAAACAUUAUUCAUCUCUUCAACAAAAAUGAAAAUGCCGUCCACGACUCAGACUAUUUUUCAAACCUUAGCCAUUGUUCAAACGUUCUGUUAAUGGGAGAUUCGCUGGGGGAUCUUCAAAUGGCAAAUGGUGCUGAGAAUGUAGAGUCUAAAUUGACAAUAGGAUUUCUUAACUUUGGGGUGACAGACCGUCUUGAACUGUAUAAAAGCAAGUACGACAUUGUGGUCUGUGAAGAUGAAACACUAGAUAUUGUCAACGCAAUUUUAAACCAAAUUAUAGGAACGGAUUUAUUUUAAUCAUGAAAACUUUUCU